CUGGUGUAUGUAACCUAGUAAUCACAAAAUGACGUAGCAAAAUCAAGGUAAAACCUUUGCACUUCGUGACCGCUUUCACGAUCGUUGUAGUCUCGCAACGGUAGAAGUUAUUAAUUAUAGAACACUGCCUGCAACAAGUUUUCUUCAGCAGCGUAAACGUUUCACCGCGCGUGCAGUAUAACUUUCUCAACAGUAGUUCGAUCAAAGGAAACAUUCGUCUCGGCACCUCGAGUUUCGUCACAAAAGCCGAGCCUCAGCCUUGAAUCGGUCGCGUCUGCAAUCGACCUUUCAACACUUCAAGAGACGUCAGGGCGCACGUGCCUUCGUCGACGAUGCAAAGACGCGCUGAAAAUUUCCCGCUGGCAUAGCAGGGAAAAUUGUAGCCUGACCUUCAUCCUCCUGUUCCCAACCGAAACCUUUCAUCCAGCCCACAAUACGCAAGCUUGAUCGAACCAUCAGAGAAGAUUGAAGAUGAUGGAUCCGCCUCGACAUGCUUGUCGAGGUCGGCCAAUGGUGUGUCCAGGACCGUGCAAUCCACUAAAGGCUCAUCAUCACCAUCAUCACCGUCGUCGCCAUCAUCGUCAGAAACCCGAUAUGACGGGAAUUGUCACGCCAGGGAAAGACGUACUCUUGCCGGAUGAGUUUUCUCAAAUAACGCUGCUGAGAUCUUUAAAGACAGACGCUUCUGUCACAUCUGUGACUUCGAAGGAUGCUAUGUCGAUCUCCACAACCUCAUCCUCCACCAAAAUUGCUGUGAUCAGAAUUCCGAAAACUUCUCAGUCCAAAAAAACCGAUGUUCCUCCGAUUAUACAACAAAUUCUGUCACCGGACAGACUGGAAAUGCUCGGAGAACCGUCGAAACCGAGAACCGAGAAGACGAGUGAGUUGGCGCCUUUGAGAAAAAUUGAAUCGCCGAUUGCAGCGAGAACGACAACCUACCCGAAGGAAACAGCUGCGAGGGUAACACCGUAUCAGACACCGAGGAAUUGUCUGAACAAAGUAAUAUGCGCGAUUAUGAUGAAACUGAACAGACUGACGUUGAAGAUAACGUCGCCUCUUUUACUGUGUCUGACAAUCCUGAUGAUCUACGUGGGAAUUCAUAUAUUAUUGACUAUAAUCGCACGAACAUCUGCGUACCAGUUUUUCAUGUCCAGUCAGAUCUGCGGGGUCCUCGCGUUUCUUAUGUGGCGACUGACCGGCACGAUACUAAUCUGAACCACGCGAAUAGAUAAUGCAUCGAGAUAAUACGCUGCCAGACAAACACCGAAAUUGAUCGACGUGUCUUAUACUAAUUUAUCAUAAUUACAUAUACAUAUGUAAAACAGUUACAUAAGCUCUUCCGUUAAAGCAUGGAUUAAUUAAUUGAUGUUCGGUGGUAAAUUAAUGAGUUCUAUGAGUCUAGGAAACGUCACAUGUGAACAUUAGAAUUCUAAGAAGUGAGAUUAUAUUUGGAUUUCAAAAGUCUAUGAGAAUUAAUUGAUCAAUAUUAAUUAUUGGAGAACGUUAUGAUUAAUGAUGCUACUGAAAUAACUGCCAUUUUUUUA